AUGAAUCUGGAAGAGGCACUGAGUGAGGAUCUACGAAUGGCUUUGGAAAGGGCUGAAUGCCUGAGUCCAGAACGGUUGGCCAGGCACAUCGAAAAAACGGUUUCGAGAGGAGGCAGCGAAAGUUCCUUCCAGGCAGAGAAGCGCAUUCCUACCGGCCUUUUCGUGUUCAUUCACUGUUGUCGGCGAUAUGUCAGUCUGACUACGCAUUGCCUGUGCGGUGAAACGGAGGUGGAGGCGAAGGCGAAGGCGAAGGCAGAGGUGGUGGAGGUGGAGGUGGAGGUGAGGGACAUGGAGAGGACGUGGUGA